UAGAGUUCUGUGAGUCACAGACAUAGACCGGAAACGGAAAGGCAUUAUUGCUUGACCUCUUCCUGUGAAGUUCCUGUUGUGUUUCUCAAACCAGGAAGAUGGGUCUUGAAUCCGCUAAAUUGUCGGUAUUUUUAAUAGUCUUUUGGCUAUCUAAUGGUGUGAGAUGUAACUCGGUGGAGCAGAAGAUUUACGUCGUGCUCAACAACACGAUUCCAUGCGUUCGGCUGCUCAACGCCACUCACCAGAUCGGCUGCCAGUCCUCCAUCUCAGGUGACACAGGUGUCAUUCAUGUCUUGGAGGCGGAGUCAGAUUUGGACUGGGUACUAAGCUCUGGACCCAACCCACCCUACAUGGUUAUGAUGGACGCACACCUGUUCAACAGGACCACCAUGAUAAGGUUGAAGGGUUCGCUGCGUGUGGCUGGUGUUGCCGUGGUGAUCCCCAAAUCUGGACCCUCAACGGGGUUCUCUCCUCACAAUACCUGCCCAAAUGAGGGCUCAGGCGUUUACUCGGACAGCUAUGGUCCUGACCUGGCCGGCUGCAACGGCACGGUGUGGAACCCUCUGGGGAACGGCCUGUCCUACGAGGACUUCAACUUCCCCAUCUUCUCCCUGAAAGAGGACAACGAGACCGAGGUCAUCCGAAAAUGUUUCAGAGAGCACAACGUUGGGCUGAAUGGCAGCACCCCUCAGUACCCGCUGUGUGCCAUGCAGCUGUUCUCCCACAUGCACGCCGUCACCAACACCGCCACCUGCAUGAGACGCAACGACAUCCAGACCAGCUUCAGCAUCAGCCCCGAGAUCGUGUGUGACGCGCUCAGUGACUACAACGUCUGGGGUUCCAUUGUGCCCCUCAACAACACGGAGAAGGGCCACAAAGAAAAUCAGAGUGUGGUCAUCGCCGCGGCACGGCUGGACGGCAGGUCGUUCUUCUGGGACAUUGCCCCCGCUGGGGAGGGCAGCAUCACUGGAUUCGUCACCCUACUGGCCGCCGCCCAAGCCCUGAGAGCAGUGACCCCGCCCACCCGAAAUAUCCUCUACGCCUUCUUCCAGGGGGAGGCCUUUGACUACAUCGGCAGCAGCCGAAUGGUGUACGAUAUGGAGAAGGGGAAGUUCGUCAUCGACCUGGAGAACAUCCACUCCAUACUGGAGAUUGGACAGGUGGGGUUGAGGACAGACUCCAAGCUGUGGCUCCAUUCUGACCCUAUAUCCAGGAAGAACAGCACCGUGAACUCAGAGGUUCUGAAACUUGUAAACUACUUGAAGUCAGAAGCUCCUAAAUUAAACAUUACAUUGGAUGAGCCAGGUGUCACUCAGGCCCUCCCGCCCUCCUCCUUCCAGCGCUUCCUGCGAGCACGGCCAAUCCCCGGGGUCGUGCUCACUGACCACCAAUCCGCUUUCAGCAACAGGUACUAUGAGAGUCUCUAUGACAACGCUGAGUACCUUAAUGUGACAUACCCGCCCAAUCUGAGCCCGGAAGAACAGCUGGAAUAUGUCACUGACACCGCUAAGGCUCUGGCUGAGUUGGCUACAGUAGUGGCUCGCUCUCUGUACAGGCAGGCGGAAGGGGAGGAGUCUCAGCUGGCCAAAAUCAUUGCCGACCCCAAGAUUGUCACUCAGAUGCUGUACGGGUUCUUGAUUCAGACCAAUAACAGCUGGUUUCAGGCUCUGAUGAGUCCGGAGGGCCAAAAGAUUCUAGGACCACACCCCCCGCAGUACUACGUGGGUGUGCCCGUGUCCGGCAACCCGGUCAACACCCCCACCCGCCUGGUGCAGUACAUCCUGGCCAACCUGACCGGCACCCCCGCCAACCUGACCCAGACCGAGUGCCAAAACCCAGAGGGCGUGGAGGGGGAGAGCAAAGAGUUGUACUCCUACUUUUGGGUGCAGGGCUCAGUCUCGCCCAACAGCAGCGCGGAGGGGGGGCCGCAUUGCGUGCGCGCAGCGGUGCGCCUCACUAAGGCGCUCUCCCCGGCCUUCGAGCUGCAGGACUACAGUUCCCAUGACUACUCCACGUGGACGGAGUCUCGGUGGAAGAAAAUCAGCGCGCGGAUCUUCCUGGUGGCCAGCCGAGAGCUGGAGAUGCUGACGCUGGGAGUGGGCGUGGCCGUGUUGCUGGUCUCUCUCCUGGUGACCUACUUCAUCAGCUCCAAGGCUGACCUGCUCUUCAGCGCCAGCAGAGAGCCCGCUAGCGCCGCCUACUGACCCUUCCGCGGACGCGCACGCGUGAUGCGCCUCAGCCUGCUGUCCCAGACGGGCUAGAGGCGGAGUCAUGCAGAUGAUGUCACACUUGAGUGACAGCCACUACUGGACUGCUUUCAACUGGACAGGGUUUUUUUUUUUUUUGUUUUGUUUUGUUUUUUUUUGGUUCAGGAUGUGAUCGAUGCAGAAAUGUUGAUAUUUCCUUGUAUUUUAUUCAGAGAAUCAUGAUUUGUUUACUGUACUUGGAUUUUAGGCGCUAGAUUUGAUUUGAUCUUGGGUGUUGAAAUUCAUUUGAUGUGAGUGAGUGAGGUGAGUGCGUACGUUUGUAUGUUUGCCCGCAUGUGUGUGUGUGUGUGUGCUUGCAUGCACGUGCGUGUAUGUGUGUGUGUAUGUAUGACCAUGCCCAUGUGCGUAUGUGCGUGUUGCGUACAGGUGUGUGUCUGUGUUUGUGUGUGUGUAUGUGCGUGUAUGUAUGUAUGUGCGUGUCCCUGUGUGUGUGUGUGUGUGUGUGUGUGUGCGAUAGCGUGUCACAGCAGGUCUGAUAGGUGUUUGUGGGGACUCCACAGUGUGUCCCCGGGUUGAAGGCAUUAUUAACGGCAGCAGCAGUGGCGGGACCAGACCAGCCAGCCAGCUAGCUGACUCACAUGAGCACUACUGGAUCAAAUUUGUGUUUAGUUCUUUAUCUGUGAACACGGUGCGAAGUGUUCAGCAUUGGUGUGAGGACAAAAGCUGUAAUCAAGAGAGAAGAAGACUUAUUUGUGUGUUUAGGCUGUGGCAUGCUUCGGUACAACUCACUGGGGGACAACGAGAUGAGAUUGUUGCCUUGGUAACUGAAUAAAUAUGGCUUUCCCAGUCUUGUCUUUUG